GGGAUAGCUUCAAGAUUAACCUGGGGGACACAGACACACGAAUCUCAUAAUAACUCUCUUUAAACCCUCAAAACACGGACUCUUUCGCCGUUAGCAGACGACAUUCUGGACGUAGUGGAAAUAGUCCCGUAACCAGCCAUUCCUCUAUCUAUAGCCUGUAUUAUAUAUCAUAGUGCUGUAGUGAUCAGAGGAAUCAUUUACAAAUGUCGUUCAUAGCUCUGGAGUCUCAAGGAUGGCAGGACCGGCGGUCGGAUUUGGUGUGCAGUCAGAGUGGACUGGGACAACUCGUCAGUUCAACCUCAGGGUCAUUUUCCACUGCUCCGCGCCUCUCCCAUACCCCAACCACAGACUUCCAACCGCCUUAUUUCCCCCCACCCUAUAAUAUUCCCACACAACAGCCUGUAGAAUUUCACCCCUCAGUUAGUGCCGAUCCCUAUGCACAUUUGAACAGUUUCCAUCAAGCUCCACAACAUCAUUAUAACCAACUUCAUAGCAGUGACAGAAAUGUAUUACGACAUAGAGAUGACAUACACAACAUGCACCAUGGAUUCCCAGGAAUGUACGAUACACGACGAACAGAUUACAGUGGAGUUCGACGACCAGAGGUUUUCAUGCAUGGGGGACACCCAGGACUCACCCUCGGGGAACAAGAUCCAUCCCUCCUCGGUCUUCAUCACGGCAAUCCACUCUCAGCAAUCGAUGACGGAGGACAGGUCAAUAUUGAAGACACAUCACAUUAUAUCACAGGGAAUGAACAAAAUUCUGUCAUACGAAAAGCUGGGAUAAGACCAAAAAAUGAACACAAUAAAGAUUUGGUUAUAUCUGGCGUUACAGCUCCUACCGAUGUCUUCUGUUCCGUUCCUGGCCGUUUGUCACUUCUCAGUUCAACAUCAAAAUAUAAAGUCACAGUCGCCGAAGUUCAGAGGCGAUUGUCUCCCCCUGAAUGUCUCAACGCAUCUCUACUAGGUGGCGUGUUAAGAAGGGCGAAAUCCAAAAAUGGAGGUCGGUCUCUCAGAGAAAAAUUGGAAAAAAUAGGGUUGAAUCUGCCUGCCGGUAGACGAAAAGCAGCCAAUGUUACAUUAUUGUCUUCAUUAGUUGAAGGAGAGUCAAUACGACUAGCUAGAGAUUUCGGCUAUAUUUGUGAAACAGAAUUUCCCUCCCGACAAUGUGCUGAGUAUAAUUUACGCCAGUACUGCGACCCUAACGAUACACAUACUAGAAAAAAUAUGGUGCUAGCUACAAAAACAAUGUUAAAGGAAAUGAUUGAUCUUCUAAACCAGGAUCGAUCGCCUCUAGGAAACACCCGGCCAACACCGAUUCUAGAACCUAAUAUUCAAAGACAUCUCACCCACUUCAGUCUUCUAACGCACGGCUUUGGUGCCCCAGCCGUUCUAGCAGCGCUAACAGCAGUGCAAAAUUAUAUGAACGAAAUGUUGAAAUUAUUGGACAAAAAUUUCCCCGCUAAUCAGAACUCUCAAGGCAAUAACCCAUUAGAAACAAAACCGACGAAAGAAAAGGACGAAAAUCGCCGCGAGUGACAACAGAUUUAUAUAUUAACAUAGAUACAUAUAUAUUAUAUAUAUUUUCUAUAGGUGUAAUACAUGUUAUUACCGUAUCAUAAUAUAAGACUUGAGUAUUUUCAAAUAUGGCUGCCAAAUGAUUGUGCCGUGCUGGAAAUAAGAUGUGUUGUGAUAGUCGUGCAUAAUGUGUAGGAUGAUCGUGUAUAUCAAGAAUGCUGCAAUAAAGUGGAGAGAAAUAUUAUAGAUGACAGUUUAUAUGGACUAAAAAUUGAAGUGCUUUCCCUAUAACGCCAAAAAGGCUAAGCAUUCCAUAUAUCAAAUAGUAUGUGGAAACAGACUAUAGUUUAAGGCACUUUGAAAGUUUUUUGACUCUAUUUAUUUUUUCUUGCCCUGUGCAAUGUUACCUCUCACAACUAUGUCGUUAUGGUGCAAUUGAGAUGUUUGUUUGUUCAAUAUUGAAGGUUUCUGAAUUGAUAUAAAAUGGAAAUGUUUAAAACUAGUAUUACCGUAUAUUAUGUUCAAUUUCUUCUUUUUAUUUUUCUGUUUUACAAAUUUAAUUUUCUAUAAGAGAAAAAUUUAAUUAAAAAUCUUUUUUUUUUCAA